ACCCUAAAAUAGCUGAACAGGUUUCCGCAUUGACCACCAUAAGUCUUUUCGUUUCCGCUUCUGACACUCGCUGCUAUCCAAGAUCCUGGCUGUGAGUAAAGAGCCUCAGCAUCACAAAUCUCUUCUUCCUCAUGGGUCGGAUGAAUCAUCCUUCUUCCUGUCCUGAAGAUCCCCCAAGUGCUGCAUCUUCAUCGGAAGAAGAAGUCGAGAAUUCAAAAAGUGAAGCAUCGGAAAAAGGAGAAGCUGGAAAAGAAGUCGAGAUUUCAGGAAGUGAAGCAUCAGAAGGAGAAGCUGAAGAUGAGUCUGAUUCUGAAUUCGUUGAAUCCUCAGAGAAUCAUAAACGUAAGCGAACCAAAGCUGCAAACAAACCCACUUCUUCAUCUUCUUCAAAAUCAAAAUCAAGUAACAUAGUUAAGAAGAGACGAAAAAGAACACCCAUUUCAAGGCUAAUCAGUGUUGAGGAUGAGAUUGUGAUUCUGGAAGGCUUGAGGGAAUGGAAAAGGAAAGGUUGGUUCCCUCUAUUAGCUCGUCAAGAGUUUACUGAUUAUAUUAAAGACUCAUUGCAUUUUAAUCCAGUAAAUAAAUCUCAAGUGGUUCGCCAAGUUUGGCAAUUGAAGAAGAGAUUUUGUAAAUUCUUAGAGAAGAAGAAUGAUGAUGAUGCAGACCCUGUGUUUGAGGAUCCUAAUGAUUAUAAAUUGUAUCUGAUUAUGAAAGAUAUUUGGGGUGAUGAAUACCCGGUAAUAAGGAAAAAGAAUGUUAAGUAUGAUGAUGAUAAUGGUAGGAAAGUGAAAGCUAAAAGAGAGCUGCUUGAUAAAUUACCAGUGUUGGGAAUAAAAGAUUGUGUUUCGGAGGAAGGUUUGAAAUUGAUUGGUGAUGCUAAGGUGAAGAAGUUUGAGAAGAAAUGGAAGAAAUUGCAUCAAGAGGAGCUUCAUUUGAAUUUGAAACGCAAGGAAUUGAUAGAAGAAAUGACACAGGCUCUUCUUGCAGCUGUCAAGGCGUCAAAGGAUUAACUUUUGUGAGGUAAUUGGUAAUGGGGAUGGUUAAUGCAUGUCUUAUUGAAAUGCUUGUUAGUGCCGGUAAGUCGGGUAUCUUUUGUUAUGAUAGAAUUUGGCCAGUCAAGCAAAUGUUUAGGUUUUGAAAUCAGUAUGACAUGUUUGAUUGUCAUUUUACAUAGAAUUGAUUGGAUAUGCUGCCAAUGUCUGGUUUUAAACCUUUUAGUGUUCUGUAACUGGAGACUUCAAUGUUUAAGAAAAAUGUUAACCAUUUUAAGAUGAAA